AUGCAUGCAGUGAAGGGGCAUGUUGCCCUAGCAACCUCUAUUGCUUUGCAGCUCAGACAGAUGAAGUCGCCUCUUGUUGCUCAUCAAAUGUCAACGGGGACUGGAUCCACUACAGGCAGCACUACCACAACAACCACUUCUUCAACCACCACACGCACUUCGAGCGUAUCCACACGCUCUACUACCAUGACUGCCGCACAGUCCACCAGUACCAAGGCUGUAUUUGCGCACUACAUGGUCGGCUCGAUGACUUCGGCAGAGGCUGUGAUUGACGUUCAAGAUGCUAUCAAUGCCGGAUUUGAUGGAUUUGCUCUGAAUACCCACACUAUCAGCUCCUCUGACACUUGGAAUAUCGAUGCACUCAAUUACCUGUUCGCCGCCGCCGCCGGGACCAACUUCAAGCUAUUUAUUUCGUUUGACAUGAGUUGGGGCUUGGAUGUUACACAGCUUGCGGCUUUCAUGGCGCCCUACGCUACUCAGGACGCAUACUACAUGGUCAAUGGGCAGGCAUUCGUUAGUACCUAUACAGGGGGUACUAUUUCCAACGCCGCUUGGGAUUCUGGAUUCAUCGAGCCUCUGACCUCCACCUAUGGCAUCACGCCAUUCUUUGUUCCUGACUUUGAAGACUUUUCUGGUUAUCCGACCGGCAUUUUCAGUGCCUAUCCGGUUCUAAACGGUGUCUACAGCUGGGAAUCAGCAUGGCCAUCCCCUGGAACCACUCCAGCCAAUGUUAGUGACAGCGUCGAUUCCGCUGCUUUGCAGGAAGCACAUGCCGCUGGCAGGGUUUACAUGAUGCCCCUAUCAUCUUUUCAAUUCAAGUAUCUCGGCAGCGGUCAGGACUGGUACCGUAUUGGGGAGGUCAACCUACCUGAGCGCAUGGGUCAGGUCCUGCAGCUGCAGCCCGAUUUUGUUGAAGUCAUCACCUGGAACGAUGCCGGAGAGAGCCACUACGUUGGUAAUUUCUGGCAAGAACAAAUCGCCGGCAGUACCAUUGGCGAUUAUGCCGACGGUUUCGACCACAAGGGAUGGUUGCAGAUUAUCACGCCUUUCAUCAAGGCUUACAAGGCUGGUGCAACCAGUAUUUCCCAGAUCUCUCCGCCCAGCACCAGCCCUGUUGGAACCCUCUGGUAUCGAACUCUCUUGACCAGUGCCAGCUGCUCCUCGUCCAUUUCCAAUUAUCAAUCGGCACUAGAUACAGUGAAUUUCGCUGUGAUUCUCCCUGCAGCUGGCUACACCAUUAAGGUGUAUAGUAACAGCAAUCUCAUUGGCACAUUUCCUGGUCAGAAGGGAUUGAACUACAACAGUGUUCGGGGGCUUGCAGUUGGCAGUGGGCAGAUGAUUGAAGUGCUUGAUAGUUCGAAUAACGUUGUUGCCUCGGCCACGGGAACUAAGAAUGUCUUGGCUCAAAGUCCGAAUGCAGCCUGCAAUUGGAACUAUGAAGUUGUUGGCUUAUCUUGA